CUAUAGCUUCUGCCUCUUCUCCAAAACCCACUACUUUCUCUCACUAAAACGCUUUUUCUCUCUCUAGAUUCUUCAUAGACAGAGAAUGGGGGGCCCACUCGGGGCGAUCAUUGGGAAGUACCCAGGCAGCGAUGGGGAUGAGCAAAUGGGGAAUGGGAUCAUCAGGCACAAUCGAAAGUGUAGAGAUUUGGUGUUUCUUGUUAUAUUCAUCACAUUUUGGGUGGCUAUGAUUGUCAAUUCGAGCUUUGGGUUCAAUCAAGGGAACCCACUUAGGCUGACAUAUGGGCUAGACUACAAAGGGAAUGUGUGUGGUGACCGACAUGGUGAUCCAAAUCUACACGAAUUGGAGGUCAAGUAUUGGGUGAAUCCGAACCAAGUCUACCAAAGUGCUGAUAAGAGUAGCGAGUUUAAGCUAACUGAUGCUAGAAGCAUUUGCUUGAUGGAAUGCCCAACUCCUUCUGAAGAUGGUUUAAACUGGGUUUGUGAUUAUCCUGAAGGAGAUAUCCACGUGUCCCUUGAUGACUGGAUUGAUAGGAACUAUGAUUAUUAUGAAGUUCUUACUCCGGAGAUGAGGAAUAGCUCUCUUCAGCUUCAAGGGCCAUGUUAUCCAGUUAUAUUUCCUAGUGAAAAUGUCUUCUGGAGCUGCCAAUUUAUAGCGCGUGCAUCCAACUCAUCUAUGAGACACUGGCAACAGAUGGGUGGUGUCAGUAUUCAGGAGAACAUACUGAUAGAUAAAAUUAUUCACAAGGCCAUCAAUGCUCAUUCUGCUGUUUUGAAGAGAUAUGUAGCAGAUAUUGGGAAGGCUUGGCCAGUGUUGAUCGUUUGCGGAGGAAUAGUGCCACUCUUUUUAUCUGUGAUGUGGCUUCUGAUGAUUCGAUACUUUGUUGCUGCGAUGACCUGGAUAACUGUGAUUAUCUUUGAUUUUCUUAUAGUAGCAGUUACAAUGUUCUACUAUGCCAAAGCUGGGUGGAUCGGGCAUGAUGCUGUAUCAGUUGUUAUUGGUGAAAGCGAUCCAUACUUCAGCACCAGUGGCAGGGAAUUAAGUCACCUUCGUGCUGUGGCUGUGCUUAUGACAAUUGUGAUGAUUAUUGCUAUUCUCUCAUCAAUAGCCAUUGUUCGGCGAAUCCUUAUGGCAACAUCUGUUUUAAAGGUAGCUGCAAAGGUCAUUGGAGAAGUUCAAGCACUUAUAAUUUUUCCCAUUCUACCAUAUACUGUCCUUGCGUUCUUCUAUAUGUUCUGGCUUUCUGCUGCAUUACAUCUUUUCAGCUCUGGCCAGAUCCUCAGAAAUGAAUGCAGUGGAAAUUGUUGUUCGUAUGAUCUGAAAUCCGACAGGGUCAAUUGUGAUAGUUGCUGUGGCUACAGUAUCCAUUACACUCCUCAUAUUGCAGUUUCCAUUCUUUUCCACUUGUUUGGGUGUUUUUGGGCAACACAGUUCUUCAUUGCAUGCUCUUCAACUGUGAUUGCUGGAUCAGUUGCUUCCUAUUAUUGGGCUCGGGGAGAAAUAUCGGAGGAGAUUCCUUUUUUGCCAGUAUUUGCUUCUAUGAGGCGUCUCUUGCGCUAUAGCCUCGGGUCUGUGGCCCUGGGUUCUCUGGUUGUGUUCCCUAUUGAAACAGUUCGCUUUAUUCUUGAAUCACUCCGUCGUAGAUUGAAACUAUCUGAUAAUUCAGCUUCUCGUUGCUGCCUUGGAUGCAUUGAUGGGACACUUAGAUCAGUGAAUCGGAAUGCAUAUAUCAUGAUUGCAAUCACUGGAAAGGGAUUCUGCAAGGCUUCUGCAGUUGCAACAGGUCUCAUAAUGAACAACAUUUUGCGUAUAGGGAAAGUAAAUGUCAUUGGAGAUAUUAUUCUCUUUCUUGGGAAGUUCUGUGUCAGCCUGUUCUGUGCUUUGUUCGCAUUUCUCAUGUUGGACACUCACAAGUACAAAUCUGCUCAUAACAAGAUUUCAUCCCCGCUGUUCCCUGUUUUGGUAAGAUUCUUACAAUUCAUUAUAAUAUGUUUUUCUUUCUAUCCAAUUGCACCCCAUCUAAGGUAUCUGCAUCCACCCCCAGAGGGUCAAAAUCCUAGUAGUGAAGUUUUAAGGAUAAUGGCUAUAGAUACUAUCAUCCUCUCCUUUUGCCAAGAUGCAGAAGAGCAUCAAGGUACAGCACAGUAUGCUCCUCCUCUUCUCAUGGAGACGCUCGAUGGCGAAGAACAGAUGCAGAGACUAACCCAAGGAUCAUAGACUUAUUAUAUUAUUCUACUUUUCUUUUUUCGCCUUCUUCUUCUUCUUCCCUUUUUUUUUUGUGGGGUGGUUUUUUUUCCCUUACUUAUUUUGAUUACCUUGGCAAGAAUUCUGGAGCGCGCUAUGCAACUCCAUUUUCUUAGAAUAGCUAACAUGUCUGUUUUUCAGUCCUUUAAAGUAAAGAGAUUAAUGAGUAUCAUUGUCAUAA